CGCCAAGAUACCCUACCAUAACAUCCACUUGACCAAUUCCAUACCUUUUCUUUCCAUUCUUUGUCUCCACUUCAAGUCAUCUACACAACAAACCAUCAUCAUGAAGAUUCUCACCAAGGAAGAGGAGGAAGCCCACUACGCCGAGGUCCUCAAGGGCGGUGUCAUUGGUGGUGUAUUUGGCGCAACCCUCGGUCUCGCUGGUGUUUAUUUCGGCUCCAAGCGCUACGCGACCGUUCGCGGUCUUACUCUCCCCUUCAAGUCCUUCCUCGUCACCUCUAGCAGCACAUUCGGCGCCAUCGUCAACGCUGAACGAUGGAGCAUUGCGCACCAAAAGGCUCAGGAUCCCAGAUACCAGUACAAGGACGAGGCUAGCCGCGCCACGGAUCUGAUUCGACAAAACCAGACUGCCUAUGAGCGAUUCUUGGAGUAUGGUCGGGAAAAACGGUACACCAUUGUUUUCGCAUCAUGGCUGGCUUCAAUGGGUGUUGCGUUCGCCAUUGUGAGCCGAUCGCCAAUGAACACGGCCAACAAGGUUGUGCAAGCUCGUGUCUACGCACAAGGCCUCACACUCGCCGUGUUGAUCAUCUCGGCAAUGUUUGAGAUGAAUGAUCUCAAGGAGGGCAACAGCCGAUUCCAGACAAUCUGGGUGGUUGAUCCCAAUGAUCCUGAGCAUAAGAAGCUCAUUGAGAAGAAGGUGCACAAGGAGGAGUACGAGGGCCAGGACCUCUGGAAGGAUAUGGUUGCUGCCGAGGAGGCUCGAUUAGCUGCCAAGAAGGCUACUGAGCACGCUUCUUAAACACACCCGGUGUCCGCAUCAACUCGCAUGGUAUAUUGACUUACCAAGGCGUUCGGAAUUCAUUUGGAUCAAGUAUCAUGGCUUUGAAUCUUUUAUGUAAACUACUGCAUCAAAAAAAGCUGUUUUUGUACAGAUGGCAUAGACUAUUGAGAGAAAUCUACAACUAUCAAAUUCGGACUAG